AUGGUUAUUUUCGAUAAAAAGAGGUUGCGAUAGUUAGUUGGUUGUUCCGCAUCGUCUUUGAAUGAAAUAAAAUAAAAAAUAGAAUCCGAAAUGUCGACAUUGGAGCUGCCACCACGGCGUUACACGAAGGGGCAGGAGCUGACCAUCCGAAGGAAUCGAACCUCCCUUGAAAUCCUCUUGCAAAUGGGCUUCCCAAAGUUGAGAGCAGAAAAAGCCUUGGCUGCCACAGGAGACAAAGGAGUUCAACUAGCUUGUGAUUGGUUGCUAUCACACGUUCGUGAUCCAACACUUGAUGAAAACAGGCAGAGGGAGUACACCCUGUACCUCUGUCCGCUUGGCCCCCUGCAACAAGAAUUUCUCGAUUUCUGGCAGAAGUCCUUCAAGGAAUGUGGAUGGAACAGGGCCCACAAUUACUUCCCUCACAUCACGCUCUGUUCAUUUUUCCAGGCAUCCAACUCAAUGGUAUCACUCCUAUCACACACAGUCAAAAAUAUAUCAGAGAAAUAUUCCUCGUUACUAGAGAAAUUGGAGUUUGAUUAUUUCUCAUCAGUCAAAUUUGUUGGCUUGUUUGUCAUGGAGUCAUAUGCUAAAGUUUUGAAAAAGUUAAUGAAUGAUUUUGUUGAGGAAAUGAAGAAAUCAAAUAUAAAUGUUGAACUCUACACAAAACAACUGCACAUCAGCCUGGCCUACCAAUUUGCAGCCGACAAACGUUCAAAGCUGGAAAGUCUUGCAAAGAAUGUGAACAUUCAUCUGCCCGCUCGCUGGGACCUCAGGCUCUACUCCAGGGAUAGGAACAUGGAUAAGUUGCAGGUGCACAAAGUUCUCUACACGUACAUCCCACGAGUGACGGAUGAGUUGGAGCUCUGUGACAGGGACUACAUCUUUGUGAAAGAAUCCGAGCUUGAAACGAGUACAGAUGGCUGGUACGAGGGAACGUCGUGGAUGACUGGAUGCUCUGGAAUGUUUCCUGGUGCCUACACAGAACGCAGUGCUGAGACUGAAACCUGGGUUAUGCACAGUCGGGCUGGUGACAGUUUGAAAAGGGCGAAGGAGGAUUGUUACGGUCCCCUCCCCGAUGUUGCCACAUCUCACUCACAAUCAUCUUCAUCUUCUUCAUCGAUGACAACAAGUCGAGAUAAGGGAGAUGAUGACAGCCUAACAAAGCAACACAAAGGCCGACACCAAGCAGUAUCACCACUGACAGGCACAUCACCGAAGGGACCGAGGCAGUUGUUUGUCGUCAGGCACGGAGAAAGAGUUGAUUUCACUUUUGGAAAGAACUGGAUUCAGUGUUGCUUCAACAAUGCAGGUAAUUACAUUCGAUACGACCUGAACAUGCCCGGCUCAGUUGCGAAGAGAAAGGGGGGUCCACAGUCUUUCAGCCAGGACUCUCCCAUCACUGUCCAGGGUCACUUUCAAGCUCGUCUCUUGGGUGAGGCAAUGUAUGAAAAAGAGAUUGAAAUAAGUCACGUUUAUGCAUCGCCCUCUCUUAGAUGUGUCGAAACUGCAUCAAGUAUUCUAGAAGGUAUGAAAUUAGACAAGGAAAUAAACAUAGAACCCGGCCUCUUUGAAUGGUUGAGUUGGUACCAAGAAAGUCUACCAGACUUCAUGUCGCUUGCCGAGUUGAGGGAUGCAGGCUACCCUGUCAACCAAUCAUAUAAACCCGUCUGGUCCGUCUCCAAGUUCAACACCAACGAAACUGUGGAGCAUUUUUAUGAAAGGUGUUGCUUGGUCACCAAGGAGAUUUUGAAGAAGCAUGAACAUCAAGGUGGCAGUUUGUUGUUCGUCUCACACGGCAUCAACCUGGACACGUGUACAAGAAGAUUGGUCGGCCAGCCAUGUCGAAGUCUCAAUGCUUUCCACGAAAUUAUACAGAAGAUACCUUAUUGCGCUGUAGCGGCAGCCCAGGAAGCCACAGUCGUGAGAGACACUUGGUACCUAAUUGAACCUCCCGUUUUACCAUUCGCACACACCAGCAACCAUCGAUAUAACUGGACACUACUCACACAGCCCACGAUUUUAUGAUUUGGUUCAAGUUUAUGACAAUCUUUAAAUAUAACUAUAUAUAUAUAUGUAUAUAUAUAUAUUUAUUAGUUUAUUUAUUAAUUUUUGUAUAUACAUACCUAUAUAUUUGGUGGAUUUUUUAUUUUUCUACCUGAUUUUUUAACCAUAAAAUUUACUGAAACAGAUCUUUUAUGUGAAUUAAUUUAUUUUAAGACUAUGUGCAUCGGAACGUUACUAAAUACAAUUCAAACGUAUUAUGAUUUAAUAAACAUUUCAGUUUCAAUCAUCAUCGUCAUUUCGACUAUGCUAAAAUGAUUUCAUGCUUUUUUUCAAUUAUUUCAAUGAUAUUUUUUGAUUGCGUUCGCAUUACGUACCCAAAUUUGAUCCAUCUAUCUUCAAUGUUAAACGCACACAGACACCACACACCACCCACAGUACGCUGACAUUAAUCAGUAAAAGAAAAUAACCCUAAGUAAUUUUCUUUUCUGAGCAACCAGCCAGUCAGUCAGGUAGAACAGAACUUCAAAUGCAUUCAAUUCUCUUCUCUACGUUCAUCUUCAUUUUUGGUAAAUACAUGGUAUUCGUAUUAAAUGUAAAUGUAUAUACAUAUAUGCUACCCGAAUCUAACUUAUGAUUGUGAGUCAAUUAAACUGUUUGUUAUGAUUCAAUAAUGUACCAAGAAAUAAUUUAUGACUGUUCUCCACAAUGUGUUUUUUUUAUUGUAAUACGUAUAAUUUGCAUCUAUUUAUUCACUUCUAAGUAUUCAAGUUUUGUUUUAAGCUGCAGUCUUAACGAACGAAAUUAAAUGAUACUUAAAAAUAUUUUAAACACUUUCUAAACAUUAUCAAUCCAAUUAACUUGAUGAUUCAGAUUUUUUUGCGCCAGAUUUUAAAUAAUUUUUACAUUUUCUACAAUUCACAAUACGAAACAGCGCUCAUAACACUAAUUAACUACAGCUAAUCACAUGAACAUAAUGAUAAACAGCUCCAAACAAGUCCCCGCAUAUUUUUCAAGAGUUGAUUUUUGUUCAAUUAAUUUUUUGAACUGAUUUUGCGAAACUUAAUUUUAAUGAAAGUCAUAAAUGUAUUUUAAAUAUUAUUGUAUUUGCAUACAUUUUAGUAACUAUUGGGUUAAUAUUUUAAGUGACGAAUUUGA